CAGGAAAUGUCAAGUGGCCGAAGGGCAAGCCAAACUCGCAGGCUCGCAGCUUUCUUUGUGUCUGAGGAUAACUGCCUGCCUCUCUGCUUUUCUUUAGGUUUUCCCCAUUUUCUCAAUUUGUUUGGCCACUUCUGCUUCUUGCCGCUAAGCCCUUCAUAAACGCACGCCUCUCUCGGCCUACUGAACUCGCUGCCAGAUCUUCGUCCCAAAGCAAUAUUCACUUUGACAUAUCCAUCACAAUACUGGUUAACUGUUCCCCAUGCUCUAUUAGAACCUCAGAAUUGUUUCACUGAAUUUAUAUUGGGCAAGAUGAGCACAUCUAGUCAGCUACAAGAAAAGAACAGAAAAAAUAGUGGGAUUUCCCUGCAUCAUGAUGAAGAAAGUGCUGCUAGGACAAGGCCUUUCAGCUGUGAAGAGAUUAUGCUUAGGAGGAACAACAAAAAGUUAUGUGAUAAUGCCAUAGAUCUAGGGAAUAUACCAAGGGAAGCUAUUGUUGAAAAUGUUUCAGAUCGUUUUGAAUCUGAAAGGGAUUACGGGCACCAUAAAGAUUUACCCCCUUUUGUUGAAAAAUCUGUCUCAGAGGAAGCUGUGAAGGCAAGUUCCGGAAAGAAAGAAACAUAUAAUUCCAAGAGUGCUAAAACAGAAGUUGAUUUUGCUAAAGGGAAAGAUAAAGGACGCCAUGAGUCAGAAAGCUUGAAGGAUAAACUGAAGAAAGAUACAAGAACUGAAGCGAAAGGAGGAAAAACUGAAAAACAAGUACACAGCAGAAAAAAAAUUGACAAACGCUCAAUUGAUAACUUUCCAAAUGAAUCUGUGAAGAAGCAUUCAAGGGAUUCAAAAGGAAAGGAGAGACAUGGGGACCUAAGUAGAGGAAACUCUGAACGAGAAAGCAAGAGAAAAUACCAGAAUGGAAAUGAGGACAAAAUUAGAGACAGAAAUGCUCCAAAGAAACACGAUCCAGGGAAACAUCAUCUUGUAGAAGUUUCAGAGAGAAAGGAGAGGAAAGAACCAUCAAAAUCACGUUUGGAAAAAUCAAGGCUAAAAAGGGGACGGUCAAGAAGUAGAGACCGUGAGGAUAGGCAUGGAUUUAGAUCUGUCUCGCCAAGGGCACAAAAGUAUACAUCUCAUAAUUUAGGGAUGCGUAGUGAGAUACAUGUGCUCAAAGAUAGAUCUGAAAGACAGCACUCCGAUAUUGACAGGAGCAGAGUAUCUAGUAAUGGCUCAAGUAGCCACUAUUGGCGACAUGGUGUGCCUGUGAAUAGGCUUGGUGGCUAUUCACCGAGGAAGAGAAGAACUGAGUCUGCUAUUAAGACUCCAUCCCCACCUGAUCGUUCUCCCGAAAAGAAAAGAGCCAGGUGGGAUCAUCCCCCUACAGCGACUGACAAGGUAUUAUCUGGUUCAGUUGCUUCUCUUUUUAAUUCAUCAAACAAUAAUAUGUCCUCAAAUGUACAUGAGAUGGCCAUAGCUGUUGCUGUUGCUUCGGCUACUAGGAAAUCUAUUUCUGGGGCUUCUCCUAAUUCUUUAUUGUCUAAGAAGAAUGCUUCCAUUGACUCUGUCCAACUAACACAAGCUACCCGGCCUAUGAGGAGGCUUUGUGUAGAAAAUGUUCCAUCUUCAACCUCUGAGAACACUUUAGUGGAAUCUCUUAAUAAUUUUUUGUUGUCUUCGGGUGUCAACCAUAUCCAAGGAACACGACCAUGCAUUAGUUGUUCGAUUAACAAAGAAAAGGGUCAAGCUGUUGUGGAGUUUCUUACGCCUGAAGAUGCUUUGGCUGCUCUAUCAUUUGACGGCAGUGACUUCUCUGGUUCCAUUCUUAAAAUAAGGCGCCCUAAAGACUUUGUUGAAGUGGCUACUGGUGACCCAGAUAAAUCAAUGGCUGUGGUUGAGACAAUUAGUGAUGUUGUGAAGGAUUCACCCAACAAGUAUGUAGACCAGUCGGUUACUCUCAAAGCGUGUGCGGGUCUGAAUGGUAUGAAAUUGGGUGGAAGAGUGCUAACUGCAGUUCAAGCAAUUCAUGAUGCAUCAUCCUUGGAAAAUAGUGGAAAUGCGUCAUUACAUGAGAUCCCAGAAUAUGCAAAGCCACUUCUCAAACAACCUUCGCAGGUCCUAAAGCUCAGAAAUGUGUUAAAUCUAGAGCACAUUUCACUGCUAUCUGAACCAGAGGUAGAAGAAGUUCUGGAAGAUGUGCGAUUAGAGUGUGCCAGGUUUGGAACUGUCAAAUCUGUAAAAGUUGUCGAGCAUUGCAACAAUUACGUCACCAUGGGGGUAUUUGAAGCCGUCAACGAUGCAGAAUCUGGAGGGUACCAGAACAUAUUAGAGUCCGAACAAAAGGGAGCAAAAACAGAUACUUUGGAAGAACAUAUUGAUAAUAAGUUCGUGGAGUUUCCUAGCAAUGCCAAAGAAGUUAAAGAAGAUGAAGUCACCAAAGGUAACUGCUUUAGUGUAACUGCUCUAGAUGAUGAGCCUACAGAUGAUUUUAUGGAGGAAAAAUCAUGUAAAAUAGGUCAAUUUGGUGAAGAUAUCGAAAUCAAAGGAAGCGAGAACCCAUCUAACAGGGUUCCUGAGCAACUCCACAACCAACUGAACAGCACGAAAGAUGCUUCCGAAUGCUAUGAUGAUAAGGCUACUGAAGCUAUUGAAAUAAAUGACUUGAGUUUGGAAAACGAAUUAAUGACUGAAGAAGAGGGAUCAACUCAAGAGGAAGUUAAUGGUGAGAAACUCAGAAGUUUUGCUGGAAAGGACUGUAGUUUGGGAACAGAGUCGGAUGCUAAUGAGAAGAUUGAAAUUAAGGAACAGAAUCAUGGGAAGGAGCAUGAUUAUGAUCUUGGAAGCAUAUUUGAGCCAGGGUGCGUUUUUGUGGAGUUUGGAAGAAUAGAAGCCUCUUUAAUGGCAGCACAUUGUUUACACGGACGGGUUUUUGAUGAUCGAAUUGUGACAGUGGAGUACAUUUCACUUGAUCAUUACAGGGCUCAUUUCAAAAUUGAGCAUGUUUGAUUGCUAUUGACAAUGCUCGUGUUGUAAUGACAUGUUACUCAUUUAGGCAGGCCCCAUGAUCGAACUAUGCUGGUGUCUCCAUAGUCAACAUUUUCCAGCCCUGUUAAUAUGUCAUCUUUGAGCUUUGGCCAUGACAUGUAUGGGAAUAUUAUUAGAGUUUGACCAGGUUGAGGAUGCUGAAAUCUUAUUAAAAAGAUUCACUUUGAUGUUUAAUCUAACUGGAGCUUCGUUCCAGAGUAUGAAA